GGCGGCCGCCGCGGGAGCGCGCGGCGGGCCCCAGCCCUCAGGGAUUGCAGGGGAGAGGCUGGACCAGGGGGGGCCAGAAAAGCAGGAAAAAAAACCCAAAAGUCCCCCCCCGGCCUCGCUCUUCAACUAUCAAACAGUUGGAUGGCAUUAGCUGAAGUUAACCUUAGCUUAAGUUCAGCAGAGCAGAAGGGGAAACGAGCCUGGGAGGAGAGCAACUGUUGCACCAAGGGCCAUCACAGACCUCAUGAGGUGUGAGAGCCCCAUGAUCUGGGUUUGGACUAAAGAAACCUUCCUUCACACUAAUCUGUUGGCUUUGGGGCAGCACAGGAGUAGGAUUUACUGAUUCUGACUCGAUAAGGACUUGGAUAAUAAGAAAACAGGGGAAGACAAAAAUGCAGCCACCUAAAUGAGUCACUGUAGUCCGAGAAACGAACAGGUAGCAGAAAUAGCUGAAUUUUUGCCCAUGGCAACUGUUCCUGACCAAGUGUACAAAAGAUCCACUCUGCAGCCACUUCAUUCCAUGGUACCAAGUAUGUCCAGUAGUUUGGAAGACUCGGGCACCCAGGAAUGGCUGAACGUAUCCACCGUAAACUUCCAGUCAGCUAUCCCUGGCCAGGAUCAAGAGGGAUGCCAGACUGCAAGUGCAAAAGGGAUAGUAAAUGAGCAAUUAAGUAUUCACAAAACGUUAAGACAUCCGAAGUUACUCCGAAGACCUCUGCCUCCCAAAUUCCUCCCAAAAUUGAUUCCUUGGAGAAAGAAAGGCUCUCCAGAAUUGAGCGCGACCCAAGAGACAAAAACAAGCAUUGCUGAAGUUGAGAGUCCUUUUUCUGGCUAUUUUUCAAGGGAAUCAACAGGAAGGCCACUAGAACCAUUUGACUCAGACCAGCACCCGGAUGAGGUCUCAGUUGAUGCCUACAGGCCCACUGGAUCUGAGGCCCCUUUAGGACAACAACAACAACAACAUCAAGAACUUGUGAGGGUUGGUUCUGGAUGUUUAGCCUCCCUGGAACGCACUCCACCUGCAGUGAGAAAAGAAAGGAAGGCCACUUUUGACCUCUAUAGAAAAAGUAGAGCACAAGCCCAUGUCAGAGUCAAAAACCUCUUGAUUGACUGGAAUUUUAAAGCAGAUUUCAGUACUAAACCUGAGGUUUUUGCCAAGCCAGGUUACCGAGACUUUAAUUUGAAUUUUCCUGAAAACAGGACUCCCAUCCCUAGGUCUCUGUUCUUUCCUCCCAGCCUUUCAGCUGCAACAAGAGUAUUUGGCAAAAGCAGAAGAGCUUUGUUUUCAAGAAUUCAAGCACUGGAACAACCCAAAGGCCAGAGCUUCUCAAUUGAUAAGACUCUAAGCGGAAUCUUAGUCAUAUCUUCUAAGUCUCAGACACCUGCAAAUUUCCAAUCUCAAAGGCAUUAUAGUCCUGACCCAUUUCCCAGGUUGAGGAAGUCAUGGAAAGAGCCCGAUACUUAUUUUGACCAUCAUAAACCGGAAAGGCCCUGGAAUGAGAGAUUGAGAAAGAGUCCUCAGACUGAAAUUCAUAUCCAGCUCCUGAAGAAUGAAAGCUUAUCCGAGCACAUUUUAGAGAGGAAACCUCAUAUACAGGCUAUGAUAGAAAUUGCUUCGGCUAUGAAGGUAACAAGAAAACUGUUAAGUCAUCAAAAGAAAAAAGAACCCCAGGAUUCGGUCUCCACUUAUUCUGAAGAAGAAAGUAAAUCAGAGUGGGUGCGUGGUAUCGGUUAUAAGAGUUUAUCAUCACAGCAAUAUGAUGGAAUGAUGGCCAUAGCAAACUUAGCUGUUUUUAAUUGCCGAGUACAUGGAAGAACUGCACUUAAUCUCAAGGCCUUCUUUCUCCCUAAGUGUCCAGCCUUAACACCUUUGAGUCACAUUUUGCUAUAUCUUAAUUUGUCAUUUAAUGAUUUGCAACUCUUUCCAGAGGAGGUGUUUUGUCUUGAAAAUUUACAAGUUCUAAAUCUAAGAAGCAAUCCUAUCAAAGAGAUCCCUUCUAAAAUCCGAGAACUCCAGAAACUUAAAACGUUCACUAUUUCCUUCAAUUUGAUCUCUCUCUUGCCGCCUGGGCUAUUUUUAUUACCCUCUCUUCAGCUGCUGGAUAUCUCCUACAAUUGUAUUUGUGUUAUUCCCGAGGACAUCCGCCAUCUCAGACAUUGGGUCGUCAUCUCUUGCAGAACUCUGGAGGUUCUAAACGUUGAAGGAAACGAACUGGUUGCUUUGCCAUCUAGUGCUUUGAAACUUCAUCUGAAAAAAAUCUUCCUAGAUAAUACCUUUACACAUCCUUUACUGUGGAGAGAGAAUUCUAGGAACAGUGCCCAGCGCCUCAUUCAUCUGGCCUCCUUGUGCUUUGCUCAAAAUCACCUGUGGCAAAAUUACAAAGUGCUCCCUCAGGAAGCUCAGAAAAUACUGCUCUGCUUUUCCCUCUGCGACUAUUGUCAGGGACCAAUGUAUGGCAAAGGACUUCAAUUAAUCCGACCUUACAAUAUUUUUGGAAUUUCGCCACUUCCUUUUAUGUUUCAUGUCUGCUGCUCUUCCUGUUAUAGAAAUCUUAGAUUUGACAACCAGUUCCUGACUGAUUUUCUGGGUAAAAAAUGAUAAGAAUUGGAGCUGAGUAACUGAUUAAAGAGGAAAAAGUCCCAUAGCCUAAAAGGAAAGUAAUGAAAAAUAAUGUCAACUUUUUGAGAAUGUAACUUCCAUGUGAGUUUUACAAUCUCUGUAAAAGAAAUGCCUUAAAUUAGGAA